GAUUACGUGGACCAUUUUUUUCAAUUGUGGAAUUAGCGUGUGAGUGGAGUUGUCCAUGGAGAUAACGAUGGGAGAAAAGAAUACAAGGGAAUGCAGUGAGCCAAGGAUUUUACUACCAACUCCUGUAUCCUGUUUAUCUGAAGAUGUGCUCCUGUUGCCCACUCUUGCCGUCGUCUAGUCCGAACCUUGCAUGCUCCAGUUUCUUCAGGGUGUGAGCAGAAAUUUUCUGAAGUCUGGAACAGAAGCUAGGCGAGAGGUGAGCUUUGGCUGAUGAUUCUGCCCGUGAGUUCUGAUUUACUCAAUACGCUCGCAAAGGGAUCAUCUGGUUGUUGUUCGCGAGCACUUCACCAAUGAUGGAUUCACUGAGUUCUUUGGUGCUUGUGGUGUUGACGCUCCAAGCUGCCGUGAGCAGCUGCUCGUCACUCGAUCUGUCAGAGCAGCCUAGCAACCGGAGGCUACUGCAGGACAGAAAUCCUGAUCUACUUCACAGAGAUCAUCUCCCAUCUGUUGGAAGCAGCACGUUUCCACGAUCCGAUCAACCGCGAAACGAUGCAAACGGGACUCCACACAGUUCAUCAUCGUCUUCAUCACAGUCUCAUGAGGUUCAUGCCAAGAAAGAGUCAAGCAAAAAAGGAUCCAAGAAGUGGCUGUACACGGUUGUGAUCCCAGUGGCAGCUGGGGUGUUGCUCGCUGGCAUAGCAUGGAUGUUUUCGCCAUGUCGCAAGAGGUCAGAUGCAACUAUAGGCCCAUGGAAGACUGGACUCAGUGGCCAGCUGCAGAAGGCAUUUGUAUCAGGAGUGCCCCAACUUCAGCGUUCAGAACUGGAGCGUGCUUGUGAGGACUUCAGUAACAUUGUGGCAAGUCAUCCAUACUACACUGUCUACAAGGGAACCUUGUCAUCUGGUGUUGAGAUCGCCGUUGUAUCGACAACGAUAAAAUCCAGCAAGGAUUGGUCCAAGCACGGUGAAGAUUGUUUCAGGAAAAAGAUAGACUCCCUUUCACGAAUAAAUCAUAAGAAUUUCAUCAAUCUGCUGGGGUUUUGUGAGGAGGAAGAUCCUUUCACGAGGGUCAUGGUGCUUGAAUACGCGCCGAAUGGAACACUUUAUGAGAAUCUCCAUGAUGAGAGCUUUGAUCACAUUGACUGGAGAAGUAGAAUGAGAAUAAUUAUGGGAGUAGCAUACUGUAUUCAACACAUGCAUGAGCUCAGCCCUGCCAAGGUGCACCCUGAUCUGCAUUCAAGCGCUAUGUUUCUUUCUGAAGAUAGUGCUGCAAAGAUUGCAGACUUGAGCGUUUGGCAGGAAGUGGUUUCAGAAGGCAAAAUGCCGAGAACAAACGGUGAUCAUCAAGAACCAAUAUCUGCCGGAUUAGCAGGGAAUGUUUACAGUUUUGGUAUACUGCUGCUUGAAAUCAUCUCAGGGAAGCUCCCAUACUCUGAAAACGAGGGUUCCCUAGUGAAUCUGGCUUUGGGGUGCAUCAUCAAAGGCCGAAGUAUAGCUUCGUUGCUUGAUCCAAAACUGGAGUCGCAUAAAGAAAACGAGCUAGAUUUGAUUUGUCAGAUAAUCCUUGACUGCAUACAGAGUGACCCGAAGAAGAGACCAAGCAUGAGGGAGAUCACCACAAGGCUGAGAGAGGCCAUCGCCAUUUCACCGGAUGCAGCAACGCCGAGACUGUCUCCACUCUGGUGGGCAGAGCUGGAGGUCCUCUCACCAGUUGAGGCAACGUAGAGACAACUGAAAGU